AGAGAGAGAGAGAGAGAGAGAGAGAGAGAGAGAGAGAGAGAGAGAGAGAGAGAGAGAGAGAGAGAGAGAGAGCACCCAGAGUUGCGUGCCAUCACUAUCCGUGUGAUGCACAUGUGGAUGUCCGCUUCUCCUGCGGAGAGGAACUGGGCUGAGCAUGAGCGCAUUCUUACUGCGAAGCGAAACAAGCUCGGCUUUGCCAAGAUGGCACAAGUGGUUGAGAUAACGACUAGUCUCAAACCGGCUUCAUGCAGGCAGCAUGGUGGUGGGUAUGUUCUGUCGUGGAUCAUGGACGACCACGACGACCAUAGACCUUGUGCGGCUGCGGGGGAGGACGGGGAGGACGGUGAUCCAGAGCAAGCAGAGUGGGGGCCGGGACCGGUUGGGACCGUCAGCGACGAGGAGUUGAGGAGGCAGAUUGUCAUGUUCACAUGCGACGGCACAGCCUCUCCUGGCGUGGCAGGGGAGCGCGGACUCGAGAGCGUUGGUGGCACCGGUGGUCGGCCCCAUGGAGAUGACGGCAAUCGAGGCGCAGAUAGUGAUAGCUUGGAUGGAGGUGACCGGGGAGACGUCGCAAAGGAGGAUACUGUCGAGAGAGUGAUCGUUGGCCUUCGCGCGACCGACAUGGAGGGUGGGAUGCCGGGAGGCCGUGACACUUCGCCGAUGGGGGAUGUUGUUAUGGCGGAGGAGGUAGGGUUGCGCACUGACCGUCAGGACAGUGACACUGGUGCACAACGUAGUCCUAUCAUGGAGGAUCACGUCGACGCUGACGAGGAGGCACGGCCGUCCCCACCAGGGGUUGCAGCGGGCGACAUGUCCCUCGCGUUGGUUGUGAGGCCCCCGCCAACUUUUUUCAACGACGAGAGCUACAUGGGUGGUCAUUUGGGCGAGAUGCUUGAGGAGUCCACCCCACCGGCUCUUGAUCCAGAGGACUUGGAGCGUGCGGGGAUGGAGGACCCUUACGUUCACGCAGGUCGGAGGAGUGAUCCCCGCCGGCCGCCAGAUGGAUUUGUGUCGCCUCCCAGGGAUUUGGGAGGGCGAGAAGGAGGACCUUGGGGGAUCGGGAGUGGGAUGGCGACGAAGGAGGUCGGAGAUAAGAGGGAAGAAGACGAAGUUGAAGAGGAUGAGGAGGAGGCGAAGGAGAAGAAGAAGCCGAAGAAGAAGAAGAAGAAGAAGAAGAAGAAGAAGAAGAAGAAGAAGAAGAAGAAGAAGAAGAAAAAGAAGAAGAAGAACAUGAACAAGAACAAGAAGAAGAAGAAGAGGAAGAAGAAGAAGAAGAAGAAGACAGCGGAUGGGAAUAGGGUAGUCGAUGUCCCCUUCGACAGACCUUCGUUGAUUGGAGUUGCCCGACCCUUGAUUUCAAUAAAGGAGGGGUGUUGAUUGCCCCUCAGGUGGGACGUAGGUUGUUUCGGGUUUCAUGUGUCUGAUCUGUGUUUUGGCAUGUUUGAUGAUUGUUUGUUGUGGUCGUUGAUGGGAAUCCUUUUCGUUAGGGUUAGGGUUUGAUGGCAGGAGGUCAAUCCUUCCCUCUCGCUCGGAAGUAAUCAAUGCCUCUGCUAUUUAGAAAGACAUGGCAGAUAUGGUGGAAGACGGAUUUGGCUUCACAUGACAUAAACAUACCGAAUGAACACAAUCACAUAGU